GUUAUAUUCAGUUGGAGGUCGGGAUGGAAGUUCGUGUUUGAGUUCAAUGGAAUACUACGAUCCUCACACAAAUAAAUGGAAUAUGUGUGCUCCUAUGUGUAAGAGAAGAGGAGGUGUAGGAGUGGCUACAUGUGAUGGCUUUCUCUAUGCAGUUGGAGGCCAUGAUGCUCCUGCUUCUAACCACUGUUCCCGACUACUGGACUAUGUAGAAAGGUAUGAUCCAAAAACUGAUACAUGGACAAUGGUAGCUCCACUGAGUAUGCCUCGAGAUGCUGUUGGUGUCUGUCUUCUUGGUGACAAAUUAUAUGCAGUAGGUGGCUAUGAUGGUCAAACCUACCUGAACACUAUGGAAGCAUAUGACCCUCAAACUAAUGAAUGGACACAGAUGGCUUCCCUAAAUAUUGGAAGAGCUGGUGCCUGUGUUGUAGUCAUCAAACAACCAUGACUUUGUCAGCACUGCUUAGGAUUUUACUGACUGUGGAAUUAUUAUUUUUCUAUCAGAUGAGAAUGAUAACUUCAUGAGAACAAGGAUUUACACAUUGAAUACUCUGUUGGUCACAAACUUGAGGAAGUUUAGAAGUGAGAAAGAUUAAGUAUUUAUGCCCUAUAAAGUAAUAAAAACUGUUCACAGUCAGUGAACAAGAAAAAAUAUCAGGCUGUUGUAGGCAUAAGUAUAUGAACAUGGAGUAGUAAGUUCCGAUACUGUUCUCAUGAAUGUGUCCUGGAGAACUGGAUAAUCAACAGACAGCUCUACACAAG